AUGGCUAAGGCUGCUUUAAGUGGAGGGUGGAUUUUUUUUCCCCGUUUGCCCUGUGUUUUUCAUUCUGAAAGAAUGUUGUGGCCUCUGUUUUUCCUGGUGACUGCUAUUCGUGCUGAACUCUGUCAACCAGAUGCGGAGAAUGCUUUCAAAGUGAGACUUAGUAUCAAAACAGCUCUGGGAGAUAAAGCAUAUGCCUGGGACACAAAUGAAGAAUAUCUCUUCAAAGCAAUGGUGGCUUUCUCCAUGAGAAAAGUUCCCAACAGAGAAACAACAGAAAUUUCUCAUGUCCUACUUUGCAAUGUAACCCAGCGGGUGUCAUUCUGGUUUGUGGUUACAGACCCUUCGAAAAACCACACCAUUCCUGCUGUUGAAGUACAGUCAGCCAUAAGAAUGAAUAGGAACCGGAUCAACAAUGCCUUCUUUUUGAAUGACCAGACUCUGGAAUUUUUAAAAAUCCCUUCCACUCUUGAACCACCCACUGAACCAGCUGUGCCUGUUUGGAUUAUUAUAUUUGGUGUGAUAUUUUGCAUCGUCAUCAUUGCAAUCACACUACUGAUUUUAUCAGGGAUCAGGCAGCGUAGAAGGAAGAACAAAGGACCCGCUGAAGGAGAAGAUGCCGAAGAUAAACGUGCAACUGCAGUCACAGUUGAAAAUGGCAUCCCCUGUGAUCCCCUCGACAUGAAGGACGGGUGCCUGAACGAUGCCUUCAUGAAUGAGGGCGAGCGGCUCACUCCUCUCUGA